UAAGGGGGUUGCCUUAUGGGAGGACAUGCUGCAAAGCAUUCUUGGCAUAGUUGUAGAACACCUCUUCAGCUCACACACACGUCACAUCUGCUCCGUGUGUGUGUGUAUAUAACGUGAUUCGUGGGCCGCUCGGGACUAUACAGGCAGAGAGAGAGAGACAGAGAGACAGGCCGUCGCUGCAGCGUAGAGUUGGCUUGUUGAGAACACAAGGCUCUCUCUUGGGGAAGAUGUGGGCGUUUUCUGCUGCUCUGAUCGUAUGUGGGAUGUUGAAGUUGGCGUCCCCGUGCCCCGGGGAGUGCAGGUGCAGCGCCGCAGCCCCGCGGUGCGCAGCAGGAGUGUCUUUGGCGGCGGACGACUGCGGCUGCUGCAUGGUGUGCGGUCGGCAGCUCAAUGAGGACUGCGGCCGGAUGCAGCCCUGCGACCGCACCAAGGGGCUGAAAUGCAACUUUGGAGCGGGUCACGGAGCAGCAUACGGCAUCUGCAGGGCCAAAUCAGAAGGAAGAUCCUGCGAGUACAACAACAGGAUCUACCAGAACGGGGAGAGCUUUCGACCAAACUGCAGACACCAGUGCACCUGUAUGGACGCUGCUGUGGCAUGCAUCUCCCUGUGCCCCCACAAAGUGGCACUGUCCAAACCGGGGUGUGAGAAGCAACGGUUGGUGAAAUCCCCCGGGCGUUGCUGUGAGCAGCUGGUCUGUUCGGAUGAGGGAGGAAAGAGAUGGAGACCUCUGAUCGAAGAGCCCGGCCCUGGGGAGACACUUAAGUUGGGACAUUUCUCGGACGCCAAGGAUGAGCUGGCUCUCGUUAGCGAUGGAUACAGCUCCUUUGCGGCUUUAACGACGGAACCUGACGGCCCCAUGCUCGUGUCGGGACCCGGGAGGUGCCCGGCCCAGAGCAGCCCCUGGUCCCCCUGCUCUACGUCCUGUGGCAUGGGGGUCUCCGCCCGGCUGUCCAACAGUAACAGCCGGUGCAAGCUGACCAGGGAGACUCGGAUGUGUGAAGUUCGCCCAUGCACCCAAAUUGCAUUCCCCAGCCCAAAAGCGUCUGGGAAAUGCAAUCCAACCGAGAAGGCCGCUGGCCGACCGGUGAAGUUGUCCCACAUGGGCUGCGGUAGCUUCAAGAAGUUCCAGCUCAGGUUCUGUGGGUCCUGCUCCGACGGUCUGUGCUGCCGUCCCAACCGGACCCAGACAGUGGCCGUGCGCUUCGGCUGCGAGGACGGGAGGACCUUCAGCUACAACGUCAUGAUGAUCCAGGCCUGCAAGUGUGAGCCUGACUGCACCAGCGACGGCAGCUACGGACCACGGGUGUCCCCCAGACACGGCAACGCCGUCCACUGAUUGAUUCGUUCAUGAGGUUUCGGGGGGGGGGCGGGGGGGGGGGGGGGGGCAGUUGAGACGAGGCAGACUUCUCCUGCUGAGGACUUUGGAUUUGCUUCAUAUUAUUGGAGCUUGAUGAUCUGCUUCAUUGUGAAGCUUUGUAGUAUUCAAUGUCUCUGUAUUUUUUUUUUAAGUCAAACCAACAAACCAACAUAUCACAUGUAUUAUGGCUCAGGGCAUUGCUAAAUGUGUAGUUAUCGCAAUAUGUUUCAUACAUAAUGUAUGCAUCAAAUAUAUCACAAUUGUCAUAUUUUGCACUGACGAUAUGCAAUGAAUUUUGCAUUAAUGUUG